GCGCUGGCGCGCCGCGUGCCGGCACCGCCCGGCUGGGACCUGGCCGGCUUCCCGCGGGCGGCCUGCUUCGGGGGCUGGCUGCGCGCGCUGGCGUGGAGGCUGCACGGCGCCUACGCCCACGCGGCGCCCCCCGCGGAGCUGCCCGCGGCGGCGCUGCUGCAUGUGGCGCCGCUGCUGCGGGCGCUGCAGGUGGAGCUGGCGGCGAAGCUGCGCCUGAGCGCCGACUUCGUGUGCCUCCUCUUCGAGCCCGCCCAGGGCCCCGAAGACUCCCGGCUUGCGGACUCGCUCGCCGACGCCUCCGCCUCGCCCGCGGCGAGCGUCGCGCGCAGCGCGCACAGCAG